AUGAACGGCGACGCAAAUCACCGGCUGCUUCCGAGUAACGGAGUGCCCGGGCAACCUCUUAUCAGCAACUGCUAUUCGGAGAUGUUCAUGUCCACCGGAGCUGUUGGUGAGUUGAGAAAGUUCUCAUUGUUAUAUAACUUGAAAAAAGGUUCUCUUAACUUCUCUGAGAACCCAAUAAUCUGCUUUUUUUUAGAAGUCUAUGCAAUUUUUAGCGCCUCAUCAGCACGGACACAAAAUCGGAUGGGUCGUGGCAGCGAUUUUCAUCGUCGCUGACAUGGUCGGCGGAGGCGUUGUCGCUAUGCCCGUUGCUUUCAAGCUCAGCGGUUUGCGUUUUCAGAUAUUUAAAAUAAAUUAUGAGAAUUUCUCCAGGUUUGAUCCCUGGUGUCAUUUUCAUGGUAACCAUUGCCAUUAUUUUCGAGUACACCGGUUAUCAGUUGGGCAAAGUCUGGUGCAAGAUGAUGGAGAGGUAUUAGUAAAUAAAACCAAGUAAUUUUUCUGGGGCUCAGGAACCCUCAUAUCGGCGUUUGCCGAAAACCGUUCCCUGAAAUGGCCAAGCGAACUAUGGGCAACAUGAUGCAGUUAGUUAUUGUUAUUUUAUUGAAGGAUUUGUCAAGUUUUUUGAAAAAAAAGUUUUGUUCAGGCGGUUCACCUCGAUUUUGGGAAACGUGACGCUUUUCGGUAUCUCCGUCGUCUACUUGCUUCUCUCUGCCAACAUCAUCCACUACUUCGUCACCCACGUUUUCGAUUUCCACACCAUGUCCAACUGCAUGGUGACGUCUUUUCCAACUUAUUUCUCUUCUCAUCAAAUUUUUUCUCAUUUUACAAUAAUUUUAGGUCAUUAUCACUUUGGCGGUUGUGAUUCUUCCAUUCACUUUCCUUCGCAGUCCUGGCGAGUUCUGGUUAGUUAAUUUAUCCGAAUUACCCUGUUCUAUAAACUUGAAAAAAUUUUCUAACUUUUUUUUAAAGUUUCAUCAUGUAUGUUACUUCGCUUCCAUCUAGACUAAAAUCAGCCCGAAAAUUUUAGAUAUUCAAUGAAAAAUUGAGAGCUUUAUUGGUUCAUUAGUUCUUUUUCUCUCGUGCGGGCGAAAGGAUCUAUGGUUGUACUUCACUGAAGUGAUCCCUUCAGGGGAGUCAUCGUGCUGGCGAUGAUAACUACAGUGGUGGCGGUGCUUUCGAUCCUCAUCGGCAUAGGAAUCGACUCACCGAAAUGCUUCCCCCGCGUAGCCUAUCCGGAAACCACUCCUGACAGUAUGAUUCUCUCCCUCGGUCAGUUUUCCUCGAGCUGCAGCCGACCUCUGCCGGUUCUGCAGGAAUCUUUCUGUUCGCUUUCUCUGGCCACUACGUCUUUCCGACGAUCCAGCACGACAUGGAAAAUCCCCACGAGUUCAGCAAGUCGGUCCUCGUCGGCUUUAUUGGUAUUUAUUUUUCUUUUAAAGCAAAAAACUUCAUUUUUCUUUCCGGUUAAUGAAAAAAAAACUAAGGGGAAUUAACAGAUGAACUUUUUUCUACAAAGAAUAUUCAAAGAUUAUUUUUCACCGAAGCAUAUUUUAAAAGUUUUCCAAAAAGCUGAGUCUUUAUUUUUCCCAGGUGUCGUCUUCCUCUACAUGCCGCUGUCCGUUUUCGCCUACGUCGUCUACGGUACGUCGAUGUACGACUCGGUCAUCUACAGUAUCCAGACCCAAUGGCUUCAAGUGACUCGCUCUUCGCUGGAGCGAAUAUGAUGAUGCUUUUUCAGCUGGCUGCCAACUUGAUGAUCGCCAUCCAUUGCAUCAUGACCCUCGUCAUCGUCAUCAAUCCUCUCAAUCAGGAGCUCGAGCAUUACCUCAAAAUUUCUCACAGUAUGUAUUCGUUUCUUUAAGACGUUUACCCACGUUGUUCAGGCUUUGGACCUGGCCGAGUCAUUACCCGAACUGUCGUCAUGAUUUUGGUCCUGUUUGUUGGCCUCACGGUCCCGGAUUUCGGUCCUGUCAUGAAUCUCGUCGGUCGGUUUCAUUUUGUGAAUGAAAAUUAGUUAAAGUUUUCUGAUACUCGCAUGUUUCUGAAAGAGAAAAAGGAUGUUUGAUUGAAACCGAUGUGGAUUGUUUCGCAGGAGCUUCGACGAUUCCUAUGGGCUGUGUCGUUUUGCCUUCGCUUUUCUAUUUGUGGUGCGAAGCGGCUACUGAAGAAGAGUGGCGCAAAGGAAAUUAUCCUACUUUCAAACAGUUAGUUUCCUUUCAAAUAAUAUCUGAUUCCAUCAAAAUGAAGCUUGGGAAGAAAAGCUCCAAAAAUGAACUUCGCAAAGGCAUUUUUUUGAAUAGUGGAGGAAAACAUUGAGGUUGAAAUCAAACCUUUUUUAUUCGGCAAAAAAGCUUCUCGACUUUCACAAAAGUUUCACAGUUGAACUUCAAAGAAGUUCUUGCUCGUUAAGCGUAUUUGAACGUGGUCUGAUUUUUAACUUCUUUUUUCACUUCAUUUCUGAACACCGAAAGGAAGGCUAAUUUUCAAGCUUAAAGUAUUCAAUGGAUUUUCCAGAGUUUGCCAACGCACUGACAAAACGGUUCUCAUCGUCAACUUCAUGAUCCUCCGUAAGCUCGAACAAUAUUUCUGAUCUAAUCACUUUUUUUUCCAGUUGUGGCUGUCGGCGGCGGCGUCCUGGGUACCUACCAAGGCCUUCUGAAGCUGGCAAAGGCGUCGUUCAGCGCACCGUGCUACCUCCGUGGCUGGUCGGGAGCCAGUUACAACGGCUCCUUCACCAUCAAGAAUCUGUAAGUCUUUUUUUUUUCGACAAGAACUCGUUCUUGUAACAAUAUUCUUGGUAGUUCAUAAAGUUGGACUUGAAAUAAAUUUCAAAAUUUUUUGAAUCAAACAAAUUCCAAAUCCUUCCAGUUCGAAUUGGGCUUUUUCUGUGUUUAAAAGUUUUUUUUCUUUUCGCUGCUCCUGGUUGUCGACCUAGUUCAAGAAUAAAAUUUCAAAAAACUUACGGAGAAAAAUGUCACAAUGCAUCAAAUAUUGAGUCACUUGACGCGUUUUUGUAUUUGAGUGCUUUUGGAGUCUGGGAGGAGUCUGUAAUGAUUAACGUUGAAAUGGCAGGGGUUAUUGAAUACAAGGAAACCACCAUCAUGAACGCUAGAAAAAUAAAAGAAAGAAAUCGACUUGUUUCCCCAUCGACUACAAUAACCACACCUACACUAAGAAUAACUGACGAGAUAAACGCGAGGUCGGUGGCGGUACAUUGACGACCUCGCAAAAGUGCUGCUUUGUAGCCGCGCCGGUCUUGCAUUUAUUGGCGCGGCCUCGCAUUUUAAAAACUUUCAAAAUGUUUUUGAUGCGGCAGAAAAGCGAGAAAACGCGAGAUCCACCAGAGGGCAGAGCGACAUGUUUUCGUGCUCGUCAAUGUAUCGCCACUAGAUUUUCUAUCGCGCCGGUCUAGGCAUUUGUCCUUAUUGCGCGUUAUUUUUGACAGUUUUUCCUCCACACAGGUUCUGUAUCACAUAAAUUCUUUCAUUUGCUCAAUUUAUAUUUGAAAAAAGAUUUUCUGAAUUUAUGAAACUCUUCCAAACUUUUUUGAUCAUUCAAUGCGCCUUCUGGGUGUCAUCAAUUCGUCCUAUUCUGCUCAUUCAUGUAAUUUUUUUCAGUUGCUGUGGAAUCCACGAAGACAUUUCUGUCUACAACAUCACCAACUUCUGCCUCAAAGACUGA